ACCCCUAGCGGCGGGGCGGGGCAAACCCGGCGAAGUGUAAACAAACGCCGCUGUGACUGAGGGACGUGACGGGUGUCUAAAUACGACGGUACAGCCUAACUAGCCCCAUAAAACACCCACGAAGAAGGUGUAGUGGCAUGACAGGAUGUACGUGUGCUCCUGUCCCACCCAGCAGCGGCGUGCACAAGAAAAGGGAACUAGAGUAAUAUUUGUACUGUAAUCGCAGGUCUAACGCUGGCUAUGUAAUAGAGGAUGGUGUCCACACGGGGAGUGAGGGUAAAGUUCAGCGAGGGGGAGCGAGUCCUCUGCUAUGAGCCAGACCCAACCAAGGCCAAAGUUCUUUACGACUCAAAAGUUCUAGAAGUAGUAUUCAACAAAGAUGGAAAAGGACGCAAGCAAAUAGAGUACCUGAUUCACUUUCAGGGUUGGAACGCAUCCUGGGAUCGCUGUGUCUCAGAGGAUUUUGUGUUAAAGGAUACAGACGAAAACAGGGACUUACAGAAACAGCUGGCAGACAAAGCCCAAAUUAAGCUGUCAAUGAAAUCUAACAGAGUGCUGAUUGGAGGACCACUCUUUAAGGAGCGGAAGAGAAAAAGAAGACUGUCAGAGACCAUAAGGGAGACCAUUGAAAAGGAGAAGCAGGAGAGAGAACAGCAGGAAGAGUCAGAAACAAGUUCUCAGACUGGAACCACUGUGACGGAAGAGGAUGAAAGGGGAUGGCCACUUUCUGAGGCUGGCAGCACCAGUGGGGGUGAGGAUGAGGAUGAGGAGGAAGAGGGGGAGGCAGCCAGUGAAGACGAGCGACACUUUCCAUUGGUGAUUCCAGACAAUCUACGAGCUGUGCUGGAACGUGAUUACCACCUCAUCAAUGACAAAAAUAAGCUCCUAGACCUUCCAACAGAGAAGAGUGUUCUCAGCCUCUUGGAGAACUAUGUCAGGUUUUUUGCCAUGCGCUACCUGGCCAGGUCCAGGGAGAAGAGGCGCACGGAGAUCAAGGAGAAAGACAAGUGCUUCAUGACACUAGAUUUAUGUAAAGAAGUGAUGGAUGGACUUCGCAUUUGUUUUGACUUCCACAUUGAGACACUGUUGCUGUAUGCUCCUGAGCGACGGCAGGCUGAGCGCCUGCGUACUGCACAACCUGUCUAUGUCAAUCAGGAAAUGGAUGGCAUUGUACCAGUGGUGGUUGAGGACCGAGAGAGCCUGGACGGUCUCUGUGGAGAGAAAGAUGAUCUUGAAAAUGAGAUGAUACGAGUCAAGGCCGAGGCAGCCCAGAAGGAGGAAGAGAAGGCCAAAGGUUGGUUUGCAGAGUGUGGGGGAAGACGUCUUCUGCGUUCCAAGAGGCCUCUGUCUGGAGAUUCUUGUUCCAACACUGACCGUGACAAAGGAGGUAUCUCCAUGGCAUGCGAGUCGGGACGCAGCACUCCUACCACAGUGACGUCUGGGGGCAGCACAGCAGGAGUGAGCAGCAGCCUGGGUCGUGGCACACUACGCACCCUUCCCUAUGCUGGACUGCAGCAUCCACAGUUACAGGACUGGACCCUCUUGCCUGAGGCCCACAGAUACCCACCUCCUCCUGUCCUGCUAUAUGGUCAUAUCCACCUUCUUAGGCUGUUUGUGAAGCUGCCUGAGAUUCUGUUCAGAAUGAAUCUCUCCGAGUACAAAAAGAAGGCCAUCAGCAAGCAUCUUGACUUAUUUCUGGAGUACAUAAGUACCCACAGUGAGGUACUCUUCCUCGAGUCACACUAUAUCAACAACCCAGACAUAUGAUUCCAUGAAGAAACUUCGUCUCACCUCGGUAGAACUUCUCACAAUGUUAGAUCCUGUAAUCCAUAAUUCUCUUAUAUAAUGUUCUGUUUUCAACUGAUGAUUUAUCAUUCCAAAGAAGUGUGUUGUUUCUGUAUUUAUUCAGUGAAGUUGAAUACUAUGUAUCUAUCUUUUCAGUUGUUUGAAACAAUGAUGUAGCACUUUCAAAAGAACCACAGUAAGCAGCAUAGAUAGCUCCUCUAGAAGAGUUUUUUCUUGUAGCAUCCUUAGAUAAGCAAUCUGUAGUUAACCAAGGUUUAUUGUCCAAUAAUAGCCACAAACUCUUUAAAAUUCAGGAAUGCAUAAUAAAAAUGGUGCUUUAGGAAAACUCAGUCAACAAUAUCCUGGACUAAUAAACAGUAUAUAUAUAAAUAUGAAACAUUCCCAAGGAUAGCAAUGAGGUUCUCAUUUAAGUACCGUAUGUAACAAUAUUUGAUUGUCUAAAUUUAAUAAAUAACACCAUGUUUUUGUGAAAGAUCCACUGUUAAUAUUGUAGGAUUAAACAAUUCCCCAGAAGGAAAGCACU